AUAGUCAGCAAUAGCCAGUGAGCGUUUACUUUGAUAUUUGUUCUGUUCAGACCAGCUUCCGUCCAGUAGUGUAGCUCCUGUAAUAUCUCUAUAUAUAGCUAAUUUGCGUUCUCUUCUCCUAUCAGAUUCAAGCUAGCUCUAGUUGGUUCCUAAUGGAAGCAGAAAAGGGAAACAAACUAACUGGCGACUAUACAAACAAGAUCAACAAGUAUGCUUUCGCGUGCUCUGUUGUUGCCUCUGUUAUAUCCAUUAUUUUUGGAUACGACACGGGUGUGAUGAGCGGAGCCAUGAUAUUUAUCGAAGAGGAUCUCAAAAUCGACGAUAUGCAGAUCCAAGUCCUGGCUGGAAUACUCAACAUAUGCGCCUUGGUAGGGGCUCUUCUCGCUGGCAGAGUUUCUGAUUAUGUGGGAAGAAGAUACACAAUACUCUUAGCAUCCAUAAUCUUCUUGCUCGGCUCAGUACUCAUGGGGUACGGUCCAAAUUACCCGAUUCUACUGACUGGCCGCUGCGUAGCAGGGAUCGGAGUAGGCUUCGCAUUGAUGAUUGCACCAGUGUACUCAGCUGAGAUCUCAUCGCCCUCAUCGCGUGGAUUCUUGACAUCAUUGCCUGAAUUAUGCAUAAGUAUUGGCAUAUUAAGUGGCUAUGUUUCUAAUUAUUUCUUCGCGAGAUUGACGCUACAAGUUGGUUGGAGAAUAAUGCUUGGCCUUGCUGCAGUGCCUUCUCUGCUUCUAGCAUUUUUCAUUCUCAGAUUGCCAGAGUCUCCGCGAUGGCUUGUGAUGCAAGGCCGUCUAGCGGAAGCCAAGAAAAUUCUGUUACUAGUAUCGAAUUCUGAAAAUGAAGCCCAGGUUCGGUUUUCUGACAUUAAAUUGGCUGCUGGGAUUGAUGAGAAUUGUACUGAUGAUUUUGUUAAGGUAAAAAAUUCAAACGGACAAAAUAUAUGGAAAGAUCUGAUCUUAAGACCCUCGCCUCCUGUUCGGUGGAUGUUAUUAGCAGCUAUCGGUAUACAUUUCUUCGAGCAUGCCACGGGUAUUGAAGCGGUGGUUCUAUACGGUCCAAGGAUCUUCAAGAAAGCUGGGAUCCACAGCAAGAACAAGUUGUUGCUAGCACAGGUUGGCACAGGAAUUACAAGAAUUGUUUUCAUAACAAUAGCAACUCUUUCACUUGACAAGAUUGGGAGAAGAAAACUCUUGUUAACUAGUGUGGGAGGAAUGUUUUUUGCACUAGUAGGACUAGGCCUUGGGCUGACCAUUGUGGAGCAUUCCAAGGAGAAGCUGCUCUGGGCCUUGAGCUUAUGCAUUGGCUCCACCUACACAUAUGUAAUGUUCUUUUCAGUUGGGCUAGCUCCAAUCACAUGGGUUUAUAGCUCUGAGAUAUUUCCACUGAAGUUGAGGGCCCAAGGACAUAGCAUUGGAGUGGCUGUGAAUAGGUUGAUGAAUGCUACUAUAUCCAUAACUUUCAUAUCUAUAUACAAAGCCAUCACUAUAGGAGGAGCUUUCUUCAUGUUUGCUGGCAUUUCUGUGCUGGCCUUGAUCUUCUUUUUCUUCUUCUUGCCUGAAACAAGGGGAAGAUCUUUGGAAGAGAUGGAAGAGCUUUUUAGUAAGAAGAGUCAGCCUAAAAUUGUAGGCAUGGGCUCAAGCAACCAGCCCACAAACAAUAGUUGUGUCCAGGCCCAAUGAUGUCACCUUUUAUAGUCACUAGUUUGUAUUUUGCAUUUGAUUAGAAUGUAAUUGAAAUAAGAGUUAUAUGCAAUUGGCACCCCUUAUGUUUGGACAUAAUGCAUAUUGCACCUAAUAGUUUUGGAAAA